AUGGCAUUCAGGGACUCAAGGACUCAAGGACGGCUUGAUCCGGAAAGGUCUGGCUUCUCACUGACCUCCGCUGAGAGCAUCCAUGAGAUCCGCGUGGCCUUGACGGUGAAGCAGCACAAGGACUUCUUAGCCACUCGGGCAGACUGGGCAGAAGAAGUGUCCUGGCGGAUGGGAAUGCUCUUCCUGCUGCGAGAUAUCUUCUUUAUCCCGCUGCAAUUAUUUGAUGUCCCUGCGGCCUACCUCAUGCAAUGGCUCGACACCACCUCGUUGAUAUUUUGGACCUUGGACAUUUUCUUGUCCUUUUUCACUGGGUACUACCAGAAAGGCAGACUUGAAUUGAAGCACCGCAAAAUUGCCUGCAAUUAUGUCAAGACCUGGUUCUUCCUGGACGUCCUGGUGGUAGGCAUCGACUGGUGGUUCUCCGUUCAGCCCACCAACGGAGCUGAAGGGGUGGCACGCGUGACGAAGUCCAUCCGCUCGGCACGCUUCCUGCGGAUGUUUCGCUUAAUCCGCUUGAGCAAGAUGAGCAAGGUGUCCAUCUUGAUGCGAGAGCAAAUCAGCUCUGAAGCUGGAAUUAUCUAUUUUGGUAUCCUUUUGGUCAUCCUGCGUAUGUUUGUCUUGCAGCACGUCAUCGCCUGUGGCUGGUUUGGCAUUGGUGAAUUGGCGACCGAAGAGGAAAACAGAAGUUGGAUUCUGACCCACGGCUUUCGCGAAAGAACUUUUCAGUAUCAAUACAGCACAUGUCUUCACUGGGCUUUUGCUCAACUGGGCAUGGGUUCGGUGGAGAUCGAAGCUGAGACAACGCAGGAGAGGAUCUUCUGCGUCUUGGAGGCAGUGUCCAGGAUCGCGAAUCGCUUCGCCCUUGGGAGACCGCAGGAGCAGCAGCUCUUUCGAGACUUGCGACGCUUCCUGCAUCAGAAUGACAUCCCCAUUGACCUCAGUCAGCGAGUGACCCGCUUCCUGCAGCAUGCGUAUCGUUUGCAAACCUCCAGAAGCGUCGACAGUGAGGUCGCCAUCUUCCAGUUACUCUCCAAGUCCUUGAAUGCUGAACUUCAGCCUCUUGGACAUAUGCGAUCGAGAUGA